CGCGCACUUCGCUGGGAGCCCUCCCGGCGCCCGAGCCCGAGCCCGCCGCGCUGCAGCGAGCGGGCAGCGGGCGGCGCCCGGAGGCGUGGGGAGGGGGGGGGGACCGACCCGGGCCGGAGGCUGCGGGGAGACGCCGCCGCCGCCGCCUCCGCCGCGCCCUCGCCCGCGCCCUCGCCCGCGCGCGCCGGCCGCUCGCAGCGGGAGGAGGCGCCGGGCCCGAGCGAGCCGGGGCGGACGUGCGGCCGGUCGCCCGGGCGCCCGGGAGCCGAGGAUCCCCGCCGAGAGACCGCGCCCCGGCCGGGAGCUCCGACCGCCCCGCGCGCGCCGGCUGCGCCAGACCCUGGCCCAAUGGAUGCCCGACGUGGAGGAUGAGGGAAGAAGGAGCCUCCCACGGCGCAGAGGUGCCCCCGGAGCCAGCCCCGGCGGCCCCCGCGAGCCAGAGCCAUGCGGCUGGCCUGCAUGUUCUCCUCCAUCCUGCUCUUCGGGGCCGCGGGCCUCCUCCUCUUCCUCAGCCUGCAGAAGCCCACGGAGCUGGCGCCCCAACAGCUGUCAGGACUGAAGUUCAGCCUGCGGCCACAGCAGCAGCCCCGGGACCUCCCACCAGGCAGUCCCCAGGAUGGAGACUUGAGAAGAGCCCCAGAGAGAUUCUCCCCAAACAUAUCCAGCCGGGAGACGCCGGGGAGCCUCGGCCCGCAGGGGCCUGACCUGGCCCCAGUCCUCCUCCGUCCCCGGGGCGCCCACCCGCGCCCGCUGCGGCAGCACAGACAGCAGCUGCUGCUCAGGGACAUGCAGACCAACAGCUCGGCCUGGGCCCGCCUGCAGCGCAGCCAGCAGGAACGCAAGCGGCUGAUGCGAGAGGCGUGCGCCAGGUACCGCGGGCGCAGCAGCCUCCGCGCCGUCACGCCCCGCCACGUGUCGCGCAUCUUCGUGGAGGACCAGCACCGCGUGCUGUACUGCGAGGUGCCCAAGGCCGGUUGCUCCAACUGGAAGCGGGUGCUCAUGGUGCUGGCCGGGCUGGCCUCGUCCACAGCCGACAUCCAGCACGACACGGUGCACUACGGUGGUGCGCUGCGGCGGCUGGACACCUUCAGCCGCCACGGCAUCCUGCACCGGCUCAGCACCUACACCAAGAUGCUCUUCGUGCGCGAGCCCUUCGAGCGGCUGGUGUCGGCCUUCCGCGACAAGUUCGAGCACCCCAACAGCUACUACCACCCGGUCUUUGGCAAGGCCAUCCUGGCGCGCUACCGCGCCAAUGCGUCGCGGGAGGCCCUGCGCACGGGCGAGGGCGUGCGCUUCCCCGAGUUCAUGCAGUACCUGCUGGACGUGCACCAGCCCGUGGGCAUGGACAUCCACUGGGACCACGUGGGCCGCCUCUGCAGCCCCUGCCUCAUCGACUACGACUUCGUGGGCAAGUUCGAGAGCAUGGAGGACGACGCCAACUUCUUCCUGCGCCUCAUCCACGCGCCGCCCAACCUGACCUUCCCGCGCUUCAAGGACCGGCACUCGCAGGAGGCGCGCACCACCGCGCCCAUCGCGCGCCGCUACUUCGCCCAGCUGUCGGCCGUGCAGCGCCAGCACGCCUACGACUUCUACUACAUGGACUAUCUCAUGUUCAACUACUCCAAGCCCUUCGACGACCUGUACUGAGCGGCCGCUGGACCGCAGCUGCAGGGGCAGCGGGGUGGACGGACGCGUGGGGGCGGCUGGAAUGGGGGGAAGGGAGUGUUGGAGUCCCAGCCCUGGGCCAGGCUCCCGGGCCCCCACCCAGCUCAGCCGAGAGUCAGGGUGGCCCCUGGAAGCCUGAGCGCCCCCUCCCCCCACCCAGGACGCCCCCAGGGGUCCCGCAGCCUCUUCGCUUUUGCCUUGUCCCAAACCCCGCGUUCCCUGGGCGCAGCGGGCGGGUUCCCAAUAAAGCACAGGGUUUUCAGA